UGGGAACGUCGCGCUGUCCCGAGUUCCCACGGGCCGCGCGCCUAUAAAACGCCCCACCCGGCGCCCAGCACACCGCAUUCCGACACCGUCCGCCGGCACGCACACGUCUCUCGCGCUCUGUCGCUGCGUACCGCUCUUUGCUACUGCUGCUCCUGCACUCGUCGUCGUCAACGAUAAUAAUUUUUAUAUUUUAUUAUUGUGACUAUUAUUUUUUUAAAUUUAAAUUGUUCGUGUUACGAUCAGUGCGAUUUCGUUUUGGAUCUACAACAGUGGUUCAUUACAAUAAUACACUAUAUUAUUAUACUCUACGUCCGCAAACACGCAAACAGUCGUCAUGUCUUCUGUCGCCACUGAAAUGCAACAACCCGUCUCCAGGACUUACCAGUACAGAAAGGUCAUGAAACCCAUGUUGGAACGCAAACGCCGUGCCCGCAUCAACCGGUGCCUGGAUGAACUUAAAGAAUUGAUGGUGGUCGCCCUGCAAUCCGAGGGCGAGAACGUCAGCAAACUGGAAAAGGCCGAUAUACUCGAGCUGACUGUCCGUCAUCUGCACAAGCUACGCCGGCAACAGCGGCUUUCCGGCAACCCGGUGACCGAGAUGGACCGGUUCCGCGCAGGUUACACGCGCUGCGCCUCCGAAGUGUCCCGGUGCCUGGCCGCCACGCCCGGCUUGGACGUCACUCUGGGCGCCAACCUCAUGACCCACCUGGGCCACAGGCUCAACUCGAUCCAACCAACCGGGCCGGCAACGGCCGCGGCCACAUCACCGGCCACGCCAUUGUCGCUCAACACCGACACAUCCUCGUCCUCGUCGUCGGCGUCCUCCUCGUCAUCAUCCUCGGCGUCGUCGUCCUGUUCGUCGCCACCACCACCCCAGUCGCCUACCGGCAGCACCACCUCGUCGUAUCCGAUGCCACUGACGCCAAACUCAAUGAUCAGCACCGGAUGCAGCGUGGACGGCACUUCCACCGGACUCCUGCAAGUCGUUGACAUGUCCCUGAAAAACGACAACGCCUCAGUAUGGAGGCCUUGGUAAAACGGCCGCCGUGUAACUCACACCACCCACCCACACGCACACGGGCGCGCGAUAUUACCAAUUAUUUUAUACAUUACGAUAGAAUUAUUUGUCUCGAUUUGAAUUUUUUUUUUUUUGUUAUUGUCUACAAUUUAUAUUGUAUCGUUUUUCUUGUUAUGUUAUACAUUCUCUGGAAAAAUCAACCAAACGCCUGUAUAACAGGACGCGGACGCAAACGGGUUUUAUCGAACUUUUUACGCUUAUAUGAACUAAAAGAUUUUGACAUACGUAAUAUAAUAUUAUAUUAUUAAAUAUUAUUGUCUAUGUAUAGUUUUUGAUAAAUUAUUAUAAGGCAUUUUUUUAUUCGCACGCGUUCAUAUAUAUAAUUACUAUAUUUAAAUAUAUUUAUAAACAUGUUUAA